AUGAGGUUUACCAAUCCCAAGUCUCUGGUCGCGUUUACGGCACUUCCCUUCUUGGCCAGAUGCUUCUCUAUCAUCGAAACAUCCAGUGGCGCUACGGUAGCUUCCGCCAUCUUCAGCGGGCCAGGUCUCAUGAUCAUGGGUGUCAGUUCGCUCGGUGAAAUGAGCAUGGGAACAUUUACCGAUGGACCAUUCGGCCUCGGGAGUGGAGGUAUGCUGACCAGCGGAAAAGCAACUGGAGCCUACACCUCGGGGGAUCGAAACGUCGAUAACGGCGUUGGAAUUGGUUACGAUUGGGUUUGUGCCCCAGGUACCCAGAACAUCAACGCUUUACAAGUUCAGCUGCAACUUGAACCUGGGUUCAACGGUGUCCGCAUCGAAUUCGUGUUUGCUACAGAGGAAGCUCCAAGCACCCUUGGUAAUAUGGAUGCUAUAUCCAUCCUUGAUAUAGCCCUUGGCGCCCCGAUUCAAUACGCCUCUGAUACCGAUGGGAAUCAAAUAAAUGCCUUGUCUCCUUUCCUACUCACACCGGAUGCCAUCGUCCCCCCAGACAGUCUCACGGGGUACACACGAUCCUCACCACCACUUGUGAGGACGAUAAUGGCUACUAGCGGUACCGUGAACGUGGUGUUAUCCGUCUGUGACGUUGGAGAUGCAUUCAACGACUCUGGUUUCCUUCUCCGAGCAGAGGGUUGUAUUGACUGCGACUUUGGAUCUGACAAAGUUGAGGUCAACUAUGUUUACGAAACAACGACACUCCCUCCUGGAGAACAACCUUACACUUCUACUAUUCCUGCGUCAGACACCGCAUCUGGUACUUUUAUUGUUUUCGUGGAGGCUACCGGAGUUACCACUACUACAGUUGAAGCCACCACAACUGCUGAUGAGACAACCACGACUGGGGAGACAACCACGACUGGGGAGACAACCACGACUGGGGAGACAACCACGACUGGGGAGACAACCACGACUGGGGAGACAACCAUGACUGGGGAGACAACCACGACGGGGGACACAACCACUACAACUGGGGAAGUGACUAGCACCACCACUGCUGAAUCAACAACUACGACGACGGAUGAUCUGACAACUACAAGUGUUGGAGUAACAACAACCACGGAGGUGUCUACGACAACCGCCGAGACUACGACAACAGCCGAGACUACGACAACAGCUGAGACUACGACCACCGCCAUUGGCGAGGUCACCACAACGGAGCUGGUUUCAACAACUGAAGAGUCAACCUCGGUAUUCUUUGAGACUACCACCGCCACGACUGAUAUCACAUCGGAGUCGGUUUUCACCACAGAGGAAACAAGCAUCACAGAACAGUUCACAACUGUCAUCACUAGCAAACUGAAAACAACCACGACUGCCGAGGUGUCAACUUCUACUGAGGAAAUGACAUCAUCUGCAACAGUUGAGUUCUCAACAUCUACUGACGUUGAGCCAAUCCUCAGCACUACCAGUGAGAUCGUUUCCACCAGCGUUGACCUGGGACCUGUUCUUGCUUCAGAUACAACGACAAGCGAGUCUAUUGUGCCGACUACAGAUGAACUGAUUGAGUCCACUACGACAAGCACAUCUGAGUCUAGCACUGUUAUCCCUGAGGCCUCUAGCGAGUCUAUGACCUCCUCAACUGUCAGCACCGCUCUCCUUUCAGUUUCCUCUGAAGCUACCUUUCAUUCGGAGGAGACUUCGACUUCGGCCUCAGAAGUGAUCCCAGAGACCACGUCUGCUCCACUGGAACCAGUGACGUCCAGUUCUCCCGAAGUCCCAACAACUUCAUCAUCCAAUGCCCCUCCGGCAACAUCCUCUCCUGUUGAUGGCCCUUCAAACAUCGAUACCAUUCGUGGGUAUACCUACAAGGGUUGCCUUGGAUCCGCAGAUGGUUACCCUAGCUUCAACCUGAUAGGCUCCGGUGCAAACAUGACCACUUCAAGCUGCGUUGCCUUGGCUAGGGGCCGAGCCUACGUAGGAAUCUAUGAUCGAUCUUGUUAUGCUUCAGACUCCCUUGACUCAACUAGCCUGGUGCUGAACGGCCGAUGUGAUAUUCCCUGUCCGGGUGAUAGCAGCCAUUUCUGUGGUGGUCUGGUUGUAUCCUCUUCAGAGCGCCGUUGGGUCGGUCCACGUAAAUCACUUGAUAGGCGAGCUGCGCCAGCCAAUAUCCUCUUGACCCUGUACGCUCUAGAUGAUGAGCCUCCUUCGCCUGGUGAGACCAGCACGGAGAGUGAGGUGCCAGUUACCACGCAAGAUGGAAUCACAGCCAUUCCAACAAAUGCGAUUUCCUCUGGGCCGGCGGCCGCUGUCACGGAAAUUAUGACUGAGUCUGUUACCCUUCAGCCGGUCGAGACAGUUAUCGACUCUGUUACACAGCCAGGAGAGACACUGGUCGAGACUACGGUUACUACAGUCACUUACACUAUCGUCGACCCACACAACCCUUCAACCAUGACUGUUACCGAGUACUGUGCUACUUUGUCUUACGAGCCUUGCAGUCGUUGCGCUCACCCCCCCGUUCCCACUGUCGAGAUGACCACUUACGUUAUGCCUUGUAAGGCCUGCGGUUAUCAUGGCGAGAACGAAGUCACAAUCACUGCACCUUGUGCUGCCGCCACAGAGUCAACCAAAAAUCAUGCUCAUGACUCUCAAGGCUUGGUUAAUGCUUUUGCGCCCACCCGAGGUGCAUAUCAUAGUGUACCGGGGCCUGUCAGAACAGUCACCACAGCACUCAGAGAUGCCAAACCUACCGCUGGUCAUAUUGAGAGUACCAGGCCCAGCCAGCAUCAACCCAGCGACGGGAAGAAUACAGUUCCUAGCGCUGGGCACGCACAGCCCCAUGCGGUGCCUUCUCAGUCUUCUUCUAGGACCAGUGAUAAGGUUACUACAGUGUCGGGAGUUGUAGUUGCGGGAGCUGGGCGCUACGAAACGGGUAUCUUGAGCUCCUUCGUGAUGAUAUUCAUUGCCCUGGGUGUUAUCUUGUAG